AAUGGGAGGCAUGCGUCCCACUCUGAAACUGGUGAUCCAUGUAUGGUUGGUAGUGCUCCUGGGAGGAUUCUUUGAUACCUGUGAAGCAGGGCCCUGGUGCUAUGACAAACCAUCCUGUGGUCCAAAAACAUGGGCUUCCCUUGGUUAUUGCAAUGGCAAGAAACAGUCUCCUAUUAACGUCAUCACAGAGAAAGCUGUCCCUGAUGCCCGUCUGGGUCCUAUUCAUUUUGUUGGAUAUGAAGACCGUUUGAAGCCACACCUCCUUAAGAACACAGGACAUACUUCCGAGGUUGAAAUGAAGCCAGGAGCGACCAUCUCUGGUCUUGGCCUUCCGGGAACCUAUAACCUGAAGUCCUUCCAUUUCCAUUGGGGCACUCUUAACCACCGAGGCUCCGAGCACGCCAUCAAUGGCGUGCACUAUGCCAUGGAGCUUCAUAUAGUUCACGUAAAAAGCAACCUGACUCUUGAAGAAGCAAAAAAAGAUCCAGAAGGAAUUGCUGUCCUGGCAUUCUUCAUAAAGAAGUCAAAGAAUGCUUCUGCUAUCAACGCAUGGAAGACACUAGGAGACUUCAUGGAAGCAAUUCCGGAGAAAGGUGACUCUGUGCCUCUGAAUGGUAAAUUUUCUCUAGGGGGUUUAUUGAAUAUGGCAGAUGUAAGCACCUAUUACCGCUACCAUGGCUCUCUCACCACUCCCGGCUGCAAUGAAGCUGUGAUCUGGACUGUCUUCCCCGAGCCCAUUGAGAUGAAUCAGAAAACGAUGAAGAAAUUCACCAAUUCGCUCUACGUCUCCACCAAAAGGGAAAACAGGCUGCUGCAGAAGAACUAUCGCCCUCUGCAACCACUACGCAAUCGCAAAGUCUUUCUCUUCAAGGAAAAUUAAACUCCAUAUUAUCCAGACUAGUGCUCUUCUUCAAAGGAGUUUUGAGCCUGCAUGAAUAUGUGUGUCUGUCUGGACAUUCUCUCUCUCUGGAUGCCCAUCCUUAUUGCUGGGGUUGGCAACUAUCAUGAUUUAUCUCCACAAAUCUUUCGCUGUGUCAACUAGUUGUUCUUUAUUAAGGCCUGGCCAGUUUCUGAUGUUACUCAUCGAAUAAGUUUUACCUCUUCCAUGUUUACCUUCGCUGAACUCUUCCCUUCAAUGAGGUAUUUAAGUAUAGCGUACUGUAUUUGUUGUGAUGAAUUAUAUCUCCAAGAUAUGACUCAUUU